UGGUCUGUCGACAUUUUACGAACAUGGUUGUCCGUCAGCAAACCUUUUUAAUGACAAUUUAUAGAAUUUAUGAUUAUUUUGUCUAAUUUUGUAUAUUUAAAAAUGUACCCACCUAAGUUGUUUUUAAUGUCAAUAUUGCUGCGCAUCGCUGAUGGGUUCACAGUGAAGGGUCCGUCAGGUCCUCUGGUUGUUCCUCUGGGAGGUUCAGUUCUUCUGCCCUGUUCUGUUGAGUCACUCUCAUCACUGGAGGAUCUGGAGGUGGAAUGGAAGAGAUCAGACUCACAGACUCUCAUUCAUCUGUAUCAAGAUGGAGAUAUUAGACCAGAAGCCCAGCAUGAGGAUUAUCAUGACAGAGCUCAUUUCUUCACUGAGAACAUUAAACAGGGAAACUUCUCUCUCCUGAUGAAGAAUGUGACGGCUGAAGAUGAAGGACAAUACACAUGUACGGUUCACAGUGGACAAGAGUCUGGUGAAACUGUGCUGGAAAUUAAAGAUGUUGAGCGUUUGAUAGUGUCAGGAUCAGAUCGCUCCAUAUCUGUGUAUGUGGGUGAAGAUGUGACUCUGAACUGCUCUGUGGACUCUCACAUCCCACCUGAACACUUUGAAGAGGUUUCAUGGAAGAAAACAGAUAAAGAUGAACACAUCACAGUUCUGCUCUAUCAAAACAAUUAUAUUUUUCCAGAUGCAUCAGAUGAGCUAUACAGAGACAGAGUUGAGUUCUUCAGUGAUGAAAUCCACAGAGGAAACUUCUCUCUCAGACUGAAGAGAGUCAGAACUGAAGAUAAAGGACUUUACAUGUGUCACGUGUUUGCUGGACGAUUCUCAGACAACACGACUGUAAUACUGCAACAACUGGGUUUGUCAGGUUUUCAAAUAAUGGUGUUGAUUCUGUGUAUUUCUGCAUGUGGAUCUGCUCUUCUCUUCUGCUCUCUCAUCUACUGCAGAAACAACACAGACACAGCUCUCCGUCUUCAGAUGUUUCUGGUCUUCUGUCCAAAUAUCAUCAUGUUCUUUGCAUUUGUCUUUUGGGGUGUUUCAGAAGGAUCAGUGAAUGAGACAGUCUUCUGCUGUGCCCUUUACAUUGUCAGACCUCUCAUGUUACUGUUUACUGCUCCAUAUAAAGAACAGUUUACAGGCAAACUUAGAACACAUUUGAAUUGGAGUUUGCGUACAGAUUAUAUUUCUUUCUCAACUGUUGUUUAUUCAGUUCUUUUCAAAUCUGCUUGGGAGAAAAGUCUGAAUUACACUGCGUCUGACAGAGCCAUGAUAAUCUCCCUCUUUGUAAUAGUGCUUCUGUUAUGCCUCAUCUAUAUCAUUUAUGUGUUGCUUAAGAUCACUGUGAAAUUGAGCCAGCGGAUAGACACUAUAUUCCUUGUUGUGGCUGGUAUAAUCUUUUAUGUUCUGCCAUCUUUACAAUUCGUCCUACUGUUCUUCACAUUUGAAUCAGCCACCGGAGGUUUCUUCAUUGUUGCAGUUUUGCCUGUUAUAACAUCAGCAACCAGAUAUAACUGGAAUAUUGUGUGUGGGGAUCAGAUGGGCUGUUCACCUUUGGUCAGGAGAUUAGUGUGGAUCGUUUUAAUGUGUUUCAUGAAUGCAGUACUGAUCUAUUUCUACAUCACAGCACUGGAGAAAGAAAAUGAUCGUGUUGGAUGGGCCUGUACGAUUGGGUUUCUUCAAGUAAUAUGGACAGUUUGGAAUUGUUUAAUGUCAUUUCAAGAUUGGGGUUUUACCCGUAUCACUGCAGUGUAUGUGUUUGGAUCAGUUGGUGUUGUUAUAUUCAGUGCUGUUGGACUGAUGACUGAACUGGUUCUGAAAACACUUAAUGGUGAAGGUCUGGUGGGGGAUCUGAGAAUCAUCGUGUUUUCCUCUGAAAGCCUCUUCACUGCAUUGGUGGUGAUUAUAAUCUUCCUUUCACCCUGGAUCAAAAAGGAUCUGCAGUGUUGUCAGAUUCCAGCAAAGUGUAAAAAAGCUGCGCCUACUGAAUCACCCCAGAAUCAGAAUGCAGCAGGCGAUCAAGAAAUGAAUCCUCUGAAUCCACAAAAGACUGAUAAAAAUAGAGAAGCAGACGAAACUCAACCUGAUUCACAAACAUGAGAGAAGAUUCAUCACGAACACUCUGACUACUCUACACUCUCGAGACAAACUGAGAGUUGUUUUCUUUAUUUGUACUGGAUUUUGUUUAUAAAAUUUGCAGUUUCAUUGUUUUUAUAGUUUUGAAAAUGUUUGUAUACUGCUGCAUUCACGCAGCUUCAUAAUUACCGUUGUUUGGAGAUAACACCACGUGAUGUGCUUUGUGUGUGUUUUAUGGCAAUUGUAAAAAACACUUUUUUCUGUGGUUUCUCACGAGAUUUGCAGUGGUCACGUGGUACAGUGUGGUACGCGUGGUAACUCUCAGGAGACUCCCGGCCCACAAGCUGUAAUUGUUCUUCCAGAACAAUUUUACAUGUUUAAUUAUGGUAAUUACAGUAAUUAUGGCAUGGCGUAAUCGCACCUUAUGUUUAAAAUGUUUACUUGUGUGACAACACAUUUUCUUUGUAUUCAUGUAAUGUUGAUUUGAUUUUUAAAAGUUGCUUUUAAGAUUUGUUUUUUUAAUCGAAUGUAUAAAUUAAUCAGUGAUUUUCUCCUGUGACAUCAGAGAAAGACGUGUUUCAUAAUUUGUAUUUCAAUACAUUACAGUUCACCUUUGUUAAGUUCAAGUUCGACAUACUAUAAACACAUUUGCAGCACUGGAGUUGGAAGUUUGAUCUUUAUUUGGUCGUUAAGAAAUCAUUAAUAAUUCACCAUUUCAACAUUAAAGACUGUAUUUAUAUGCUGACACUUACUGUCAGACCUUUCAGAAAGACAGCCUCAAAAAUACAAAACUUUAUUAAUUUCUGCACUAUUUACU